UAUGAACUUAAGAGAGCUAAUGAAUUUUCCCAAUUACUUCUAUUAAAAUUCUUUAUCUUCUUUCUUUUCAAGUAAAGGCUUCUUAGUCUCAAGAUGGAGAUAGAAGUCGGGAGGAGCACUGGUGGUGGUGAUGGUAGCCACAACGGCAGUACAAUGGCGGAACAUGGUGAUAGUAAUGACGAAGGUGGUGGUGGAGAAAGCAUGGGUCGGAGUCAGAGCAUGAAGGAAAGGGCAAGUUAUCUGGUGUGGCAAGAUCUAAGGGUGAUGCUCCCAAGCUCCGGUGAUGGACCAACAAAGCGGUUGCUCCAUGGUCUCAACGGUUUUGCAGAACCCGGUCGGAUCAUGGCUAUCAUGGGUCCUUCUGGUUCGGGCAAAUCCACACUUCUUGAUGCAUUAGCAGGUAGACUAUCAAAGAAUGUGGUGAUGGCUGGAGAUGUUCUACUAAACGGGGAGAAGAAGAAACUAACCUAUGGUGUUGUUGCUUAUGUGACACAAGAAGAUGUUCUAAUGGGAACCCUCUCAGUGAGGGAAACCAUCACUUACUUAGCUCAUUUGAGGCUUCCACCAACAUUAACCAAAGAAGAAGUCAAAGAUACAAUAGAGGGGACAAUAUCAGAGAUGGGGCUCGAGGAUUGUGCAGAUAGGUUGAUCGGAAAUUGGCACUUGAGAGGUAUAAGUGGUGGAGAGAAGAAAAGGCUAAGUAUUGCACUUGAAAUCCUCGUGAGACCACGAGUUUUGUUUCUAGAUGAACCUACAAGUGGACUCGAUAGUGCCUCUGCAUUUUUCGUGGUUCAUGCUCUAAAAAGCAUGGCUCGUGAUGGAAGAACAGUCAUUUCUUCAAUUCACCAGCCAAGUAGUGAAGUCUUUGCAUUGUUUGACGACUUGUAUCUUUUAUCUGGAGGUGAAACUGUCUAUUUUGGAGAAGCCAAAGAAGCUAUUGAGUUUUUUGCUGAAUCGGGGUUCCCGUGUCCCAUCAAGAGAAAUCCUUCCGAUCAUUUUCUACGUUGUAUCAAUUCAGAUUUCGAUGUCGUGACAGCUACACUAAAAGGCUCAUUGAGAAUUCAAGAAAAACGAGAAGAAUCAGACCCUUUUAUGAAUAUGGGAACAACACAGAUCAAAGCAACCUUAGUAGAAAAAUACCGGUGGUCAAAACACGCCGUGAAAGCCCGAGCAAGAAUGAAACACCUCUCCACAAUCCGAGGACCUGCGAGCUGGGCAAAUACAGCAAGCCAUGCUGGAUGGUGGAAGCAACUUGACACACUAACUCGACGAUCGUUCGUGAACAUGUCAAGAGAUAUGGGAUAUUACUGGUUGAGAAUAAUCAUCUACUUAGUCGUAUCAAUAUGCGUUGGGACAAUCUUCUUCGAUGUGGGUACGAGUUACACUGCCAUUCUUGCAAGGGGAGCUUGUGGUGGUUUCAUAACAGGGUUUAUGACUUUCAUGUCAAUCGGAAGUUUCCCUUCAUUUAUCGAAGAUAUGAAGAUCUUUACUCGAGAACGUCUCAAUGGCUACUACGGGGUUGGUGUGUUUAUACUUGCAAACUUCCUAUCUUCGUUCCCGUUCUUGGUGGCAGUUUCUCUAGUCACCGGAACAAUCACAUGGAACAUGGUGAAGUUCAAUCAUGGAUUCUCGCGCUACGCUUUCUACUGUCUCAACCUGUUUGGCUCGAUUGCAGUGAUCGAGAGCUGUAUGAUGAUUGUUGCAGCUCUUGUUCCGAAUUUCUUGUUUGGGCUCGUAGUUGGUGCUGGAGUUCUCGGGGUUAUGAUGAUGACUUCAGGUUUCUUUCGUCAACUUCCCGAUCUUCCAAAGCCAUUUUGGCGUUACCCUGUGUCGUAUAUAAACUACGGAUCAUGGGCAAUACAGGGAGGAUACAAGAAUGAUCUAUUGAAUUUGGAGUUUGAUGGGUUAUCACCGGGAGACCCGAAAACCACCGGCAGGGAGGUGAUAACGAAGUUGUUCCGGAUGCCGUUGACUCACUCGAAGUGGUGGGACUUGUUUGCGAUAUAUGCGCUUCUUGUGAGUUACAGACUGACGUUCUUUUUAGUUCUCAAGUUAAAGGAGAAAGUGUUGCCGUUUUUACAGUCGAUGUAUGCAAAGAGAACUGUACAUCGACUGAAAAGGCGAGCUUCUUUCGUAAAGUUCCCUUCUUCGAGACGAUACCAAAACCUUCGCACUUUGUCGGCACAAGAGGGCUUUAGUUCUCCGAUCCCAUAGCUCAAAAACACGGUUAGGCGGGAACAAAAAGUUUUUCGCGGUCUUCUGAAAACGUAUGCUGACGACAUGUCGUCGAUAUAUGUCACGAUACCGUUUUGGGAGAGCUAUACCGACGACACGUCUUCUCCAUGCCACGCUGGCAAUCCGAGUGAAAUGGCUAUCCCGACGACUUGUCGUCGGUACAACGCUCUAUUUUUUUCCCAGCAAUUAAACAAAACGACAUAGUCUUGGGUACCAUAUACCGAUGACUUGUCGUCAGCAUAGGGUUUAGCCCCAUCAAGACCAACGACUGCGUCAUUUCACUUCCGAUUUCUCUCUUUCUCUCUUUCCGUCGACAACCAAAUCUCCUCCGGCCACUCCCCUUCGCCGGCAACUAGCAACUUUCACCUCCGAUAUUGGGGUAUUAUUUCUGAUUGCAACCUUCAUAGCCUUCAUCAUCGCCAGCCCUUCACCACCACCGGCCUCUACAACUAGCUACACCGGUCAUUUUGAGAUGUGUAUAUAUUUGGGCAAAAAUGGGCAAAAAUGGGCAGAUUUCUGUUUUGUGUUAUUUGUUUAGGCCAAUGUUUCAAAAACCGGUUUGAACCGAUUGGACAGAAAAUCGAGGGAGGG